AUGGGGAGACCCAAGAAGGAAGUUAGCCAGGAAAAUUUUGAAAGAUUUCAAAAAGAACUAGAAUUAGCAGGUAACCAAGUUGAUAUAUUACUAAAAGACAAGAAAGGAAGGUCGAAGUCAUGUUUAUUUUGUAGAAGAAGGAAACAGCGUUGUGAUCAUAAAUUACCUAGUUGUACUGCUUGUUUGAAGGCAGGUGUUAGAUGUAUUCAACCAGCUCGUUACACUCAUGUUAAUAAAAGUGAACCUAUUCAAGAAGAGCCUGAACUUUCAUCUAAACCUUCACCAACGACAUCAACUAAUUCUGUACCAGAGACCACAGCUGAUGUUGUCUCUACAAGUCCAAGCUCAGUUCUAGGAACUGAUGUUGAUAAUGCAAACAAACAAGUAUUGGGAGAUGAUAAGAAAACGAAAAAAGGUAAAACAGGAAUACAAUCGAGAAAACGUCGUAGUUAUAAUGUAGCAGGUCUUAGUGAAGAGUAUAGUUCCUUACUAGAAAAGAAAUUGAAAUAUUUGGAGGCUUUAAUUGAGCUGCAACCCGGUAGUGCAGCAUAUAAUUCCAAGAUUGGUCGUUAUAAAAAAAUCUGUCAUUUAUUAGGCGAAGUGGGGGACCUAGAAUCACUUGUCACUGAGGGUAGUGCUUCUACAACUCCAAGUCCUGCAUUACCUAGUCCUUAUAUUUCUCAUACCCCAAGUUCUAGUGGAAUUCUUUCUGCUUUCAAUCCUCAAAUUCCAAAUCAACAAAAACUUCAUAGUUUUCAAACUAGAUAUCCCCAACAGACUCCAAUAUACACACCAAAUCCGGAUGAUUCAGAAGCGUCGCAUAUACUUAGGGAUAUACCAGCAUUAACUUCUGAUUCAGUCGACUCUAUUGAUUUUUCAAAGUGUAUCUUUGCCAAAUAUAGUUUAAAGCAAUUUUUACUAUAUGAUCCUGUAUUUGAAUUUGAUGAGAAAUUGUCAAGAUUGUUUUUGGAUACAUACUUCACCAGGUUACAGUUUAAAUACCCACUUUUAGAUGAGCAGGAAAUUUACAAUUUCCAUCAUUGUUAUAUUCGUAAUAAAAUUCAUUCAUAUUCUGAGACUGAAUUCCAUUUUGCAUGUGGACGGAUGUGGUUAGUAUUUAGCAUAAGUGCAUGUUUAUAUAUGACAUCAGGAAAAAAAAUAGGUUUAGCUCCUGUACGUUAUUUCUCUACAGCAAUACGUCACAUUACAAGAUGUGGUCAAAAUUUGACAUAUCUACAACAAGUUGAAUUAUUGACGUUAUUAGUUCUUUAUGUAUUGAGAACAGAUAGAGAUUCUUCUGUUUUGUACGAAAUCAUCAAGGAUGUGAUGUCUAUUUGUAAAAACAAAUUGCAUAUGAAUAAGUUCAGUCCACAGGAUCUUGAACAAAAGAAGAAAUUGAGAUUAUUUUGGUCAGUUUAUCUUCUUGAAAGGAUGAUCUGUAUAUCAGUAUGGAAACCUUAUACGAUUUCUGAGAGUGAAAUUGAUCUGCCACUGUUAAGUGAAGAUUGUUUCAUUUUUGGUCAAAAUCUUGUAGAAAGAGGUAGGCACUCUCACAAUGUGUAUUUUUUUAAUCAAUCUCUACAACUAAGGAGAAUUGAGUCUCAUUUUGUGGAAACAUUGCAAAUUUUACCUCAAGUACAUACAAACAAAGAAACUUUGAAGCAUCAGCUACCUCUAGUUAAGAGAUUUUUCCAUGAUUUAGAGGUAUGGCGAUCUGGUUGUUCUAGGUCUAAUUUCAGAAAUUAUGAAAUUGAAACAUUAAAACUUUACUAUUAUCGUUCAGUCAGGUUAUUAAUCCAGCCAUAUUUGGAAGUAUUGGCUCCAGAAAACAGGUUAUUCAGAGAAUGUCAGGCUGCAGCUGGUCAGAUUUGCCAACUUUACAAGAUAUUCCAUCAAAAAACAGUUCAUGGGCAUACAACACCAGCGGUACAUAUAGUAUUUGUGGCUGGUGUGACUCUAAUCUAUUGUAUGUGGUUAACAAGGAACUAUGAUGAUCAACGCAGAAAAACACUUGGAGAUGAGUCUAAGCAUACCAGACCUCAUGUUAGUGCCAGUUUAUUUAGUACUAUGGAUGAUUUAAGGGCCUGUUCUGUCUGCUUAUAUGCGAUGACGGAGAGAUCUGACUUCGCAAGAAUAUUUAGAGAUACAUUUGAUCAACUAAUGAAUGCAACAAUAGGUAAUUUGAUAGAACGUUGUGGCCCAGAUUCUUCAGAAUUGAUCUACAUUUCGUCUGGUAAAAACGAUGUGGUGAUAAAGGAGGAAAAUAGCCAUUCCUCUAAGUUAAGCUAUGGUGAAAUUGAUAACGACGGUAUGCCUCCAGCAGUUAAUAGAAUAUUCGGUAAAAGACAAGGUCAAGAAUAUGUUGGAUUUGUUGAGAAUUCUCAGGUUGAUAGAGAAGAGACAAAAGAUUUUAAAAGAAGGAAGAAGGUUUUGGAGAAUACUUCACUUCCGAGGGGCUUAUCGCAUUUGUUAAUUAAUACUGCAACUGAUAAGGGUGAUGAUAAUUCAGAAAAUGAUUCUACAGAUAAGAGUUCCACAACUAAUGAUGAUGAAAUACAUAGUACAGUCAAUACAGAAAUGGACAAAAGAAGAAUUAAUGAAAUUAUGACAGAUCGUGAGAUUGAAGUGAUGAAAAAUCAAUACAUUAUCAAAAAACCAGAUAAUUACAAAGAUUUCGAUUGGAAACCAUUUGAACAACAAGCUUACUUGCAACAGCAUGUAGCACGUCAAAAUCUACAAGCAUACCUUUCAUCUUUGAAUUCAUCCCAAGUAGGUGACUUGACUCCUACUGGAAAUUACAAAAACAUGAAUUACUUAUCAAAUAAUUUCAAAAGGGAUGCCAAUUUUGUAAACAAGCCUAAGGGUUCCGUUGCUUCGGCUCCAGAACUAUUUAACUCAAAUCAAUCCAUAAAGAGGGAACCUGAUAUUAUGUUUAAUAAUAUGAUGGGGUCAGGUCACCCAGCAAAUCCUGAUAUCCAAAAUAUGAACAUUCCAACUCCUAAUAUUCCAAAUAAUUCAGCUACCACUAUUUCAAAUAAUCCAGGCACUCCAAAUGAAGUCCAUUCGUCUGCUCAAAAUCAUGUUCAAAUCUCACAACCUAUGUCUAUUGACAAUAGCCAUCCAAUCCCAGUUCCUCCCGAUGCAAACUUUGGAAGCAUUUUAUUUAGUAAUGGUGCACAUGAUAUGAUUAACAAUAUUUCAACAUGGACUACUGAUUACAUAUCUGCUCUUUCAACGAUGAACUCCACUGAGAAUGACUUAUUUGCACAGGCUAAUACUGUCUUACAGGGUGAUGUGGAUCUCUUAUCCGAAAUCCAACCAUUAGUCGAUUAUAACAAUUCUACAGUUGGCCUACACAUGAAGCAGAAUUCACAAACACAACUAAACAAUGGGCAGUUCCCAUCAGGAUUUGGACAAAACAUUGUUAGUAGGAAUAGACUUCCAUCAACUUCACGUUCGAGUUGGAACCCUCAACAAAACAUCACCACAAAUGAUGAGUUUUGGAAGGGAAAUUCCGAAUCAAAUUAUUUACGUUAG